GCAAGCAAAACUACAUUAGCUAAAUAGCGCUGCUGCCUAACCAGAUACACGGGUUACCCCCUUGCUAAAUGAUGUCAUUUUUACAGGAUGUAUAAUUUCAGUCGGUGGAAAAACGCAUUGUCUGGUAGCAGAGCCAGUUAAAGGCGAUACCCUGUCACUACGUUAAGUUACCGUAGGGUGGCUCACUGUUGCACUAGCCGAUCUGCUUUUAGAAACCGAGUCCGGCUGCUUUAACUCCAAACUGAGCAAGAAGCGAAACUGAAAUCCUACACCACCAGAGAGGGGCCAGCCUACCGGGGACACUAGGCAGUGUUACAGCAUUACGCAGUCUUCAGCCAAGUCGCCGCAUUGCUAGCUAGCUACCCGGCUUCGGCGGCCUUAUGAAUGUGACUCCGGCGAGAUACCAUGCGGUUCUGAGGAGGAAACUAGCUAACAAUUUACAUUUAUCGUUUACAUUUGAGGGACCGAAAAGUGGCGGAAUAGCUUAAUCGCAAAUACUCUCGAUAGUCUGAUAACUUCAACCAAGAGGUAACUAGCUCUAGGCGCAGUUAGCCUAACGUUAUAGGAGUCACUAGCGAGCUAACAGUUAAGGGUAUUGCUAGCUAACCACCGACGGUUGUUUUGUAUCCCGGAAAGGUAACUUAUUAUCUUACGCUAAUAUUUAUGUGGAGAUACUUUUGCUAGUUACAGAUAAAGAUGCCUCAGAAGCGUCGUUCGCGGACCUGGACCGAGCUGAAACAGGCCGGUAAUGAGUGUUUUAAAAGCGGACAGUACGGGGAGGCCGCGAGUAUUUACACCCAAGCCAUACAACUUCUAGAAAAGUCAGGAAAGAAGAACCAGGAGGAUCUAGGUAUCCUGUACUCUAACCGAGCUGCUAGUUACCUGAAGGACGGAAAUUGCACGGGAUGUGUAAAAGACUGUUCAGUCUCACUUGACCUGCUCCCGUUCAGCAUUAAGGCGCUGCUGCGGCGCGCGGCGGCGUUCGAAGCGCUGGAGAGGUACCGGCAGGCCUACGUGGACUACAAGACCGUGCUGCAGAUAGACUGCAGCAUACCGGCCGCCCACGACGGAACCAACAGAAUGACAAAGGCCCUGACCGAACAGGACGGCCCGGCAUGGCGAGAGAAGCUCCCGCCAAUUCCCUCGGUCCCAUUGGCCGUGCGCGAGAGACUGACUCAGAUGGCCACGCCCACUCCCACGCCAACCCCCACCCCUAACGCACAACAAAAUGGCACCAGCCAGUCGGAGAAACCAGGUAACCAGGCUGUUGCAGGAGAAGGAGCCAUAAAGCAGGCUCUGGUUCUGAAGGAGGAAGGCAACGCCCUGGUGAAGAAGGGUAAUCACAAGAAAGCUGCGGACAAAUACACGCAGAGCCUGAUACUAAACCCAACAGAAGUUACCACCUACACCAACAGGGCCCUGUGUUACCUGUCCCUGAAGAUGUACAGCGAGGCUGUGCAGGACUGUGUGGUAGCCCUCCGUCUCGACUCUGCCAAUAUAAAGGCGCUAUACAGAAGAGCUCUGGCAUACAAGCAGCUUAAAGACUACAAGGCGUGUGUGGAGGACCUGAACGCCCUGCUCAAAAUCGAGCCCAAGAACACGGCUGCCCAGAAGCUGCAGCAGGAGGUGCAGAAGAUGAAGUGAAUAACUGCCACCGGGGGUUCCCCUGGUUCUCAGGCUCUAGAGGGACAGUUCACCCAAAAUCCACCGAAAUAUAAUCUUUUGACUUUCACUACCACAAGCUUUACCUCCAAAGACCUUUUUAGAGGUUUUUAGACAUCGAUUAAUAACACCAACCCUACCCCACCCCGUUCGCCGCUGGCUAGCAUCGUUAGCAUUGACACCCAAAAACAGUGGUAGCCUGCACGCCCGCAGGUAGCGAGCAGAAACCUUGCUCCCAAUAACGCUACAUCAUUUGGAAGUUUAACAUGUCGUCGUACGUAUUGCGUAUGGGUUUAUUUUUGGUUUUUUUACAUUUACUUUUCGAAAUGUUUCCAAGUAUGUUUCCUGUCCCAUUGUUAGCUGACGAUGCUAGCCAUUGCUGGUCAUUGGCAGGGCAUGAAGAAAACCUCAGGAUGUGUAGUGCCUCAUUGGGAAAAAUGUACAUUUAUUAUGGGUGAACUAUCGCUUUAAGUGCUUGUUCUUAGCAGACUCGCAUGUGAUUUAUGUGAAUCUGCCAGCCCGCCAACCUGUCGCCAGCAUUUUCAAAUGACUGUUUCCUACUGCAUGUUUUGAUUGACGCCUUUAUUGGUCAGAUACAGGGAAUAGCCCGGUUGAUAAAUGAGCAUCAAAUUUGUGUGUGUCUUGGGAGUGAACACAGCGAUUACUAUUAAAAACUUGCUUCGUUUAGAUUUGGCUCAUGGUGUACGUCAAUAAAAGAGAUGAAACUUGA